AUGGCCUUUGAGUUGACCUACCGCUUGACCUUCAUCGACACCGUGGAGGCUCCGGCCAUUGGAGCCUUGCCUCGUUCCCGCAGCUUGCCAGUUUUGGGCAGCGCCCCAACUGCAGAUGAGGAGGUUCAAUACCAGGCCUAUGUGAGUCAGCUCUCGCAGCAGAUGGCUGAGAAAGAUUUGACUUUCCUGGCUCGGCAACCAGAAGUGGCUGAAGCCGAGAAUGAAGCCAUCGGUCAUGAGUGGGGUUUGUGUCGACGCCCUUGCAUUUACCACCUUUCUUGCGGUACUUGCACCAAGGGAGCAGAUUGCGGCUUUUGCCACAUGCCUCAUGGAGAGCGAGUUCCAAAGCUUGACAAGCAACAGCGCACUGUGCUACAAGAGCUAGGCGCUGGAGAGCUGUUGGCUUUGGUUCUGGAGCCAUUGAGGGCCAAAGCGGCGCAGAUGGGACUGGAGGAGAAUGCAGCAGAGCUCAUUGAGUUGUUGGAGAUGGAGCGUGCUGGGCAAACCUCCGUGCUCAAGAACAACAAGAAGCAUCCAAAGCUGCAUUGCAUCCGAAAGAUCAUGGGCCGCAUGAGCAUUGCGGGCCUGGUGGGCAUUGCUGGGUACAGCCAGACCGGGACAGAUUUUCGUGAUCGGUUGACGGGAGCAGUCGAGAAGAUGCGUGGUCAGCUCCAGUGA